CCGUUCGAUACUGCUCCGUCAGUUACCGCUUCAUAGCGUAUAUUCCAGCUUUGUCUGAUUUCAGUCUAGGCUCAAUUCGCUGAAAAAUGAAAUCAUUUGCUAUUGCCAGCUUGAUUGCUGUUUUCUUCUCGGUUGCAGUGGAUGCACAGACAUUUAAGCCAUCUCGACCACCUUCACUAAAACCAUCUCUAUCACCUUCUCUUAAACCAUCCCUAAAACCAUCUCUACCCCCUACCGUAAAGCCAUCUCUACCACCUUCACUAAAGCCAUCUCUUCCACCGACCCUCAAACCAUCUCUACCAUCGAGUCUCAAGCCAUCGCUGCCACCAACGCUAAAGCCAUCUCUACCACCGUCACUAAAACCAUCUCUACCACCUACCCUAAAGCCAUCUCUACCACAUUCACUGAAACCAUCUCCACCUACGCUAAAGCCAUCUCUUCCACCAUCUCUCAAACCAUCGCUACCACCAACUCUCAAGCCAUCUCUACCACCUUCUCUAAAACCAUCUCUGCCACCUUCAUUGAAGCCAUCUCCACCACCGACGUUUAGACCGACAACUGUCAAGAUUAUUGGAUGACUACGACAAUAGCAGCAGCCUUGGUGGAUCAUUUGGACAUAUGGCGAUGACAAUUAAAUAUCAAUCAGAUAUUAAUAGACUACGAAUUUUCCACAUAAAAAAUACUAAAAACUAUGUAGAUGUUUCAAUAAAGAAAAAAAUUUGCAUACCA